GGGUAGGAGACGCCUCUUGGUCCUUGGAUCCUCUCUUCCCCCUCCUCACUAGUCACUCCUCACACACUAUAUAAACCCCCCACGGCGACCUCCAUUGUUCCUCCUAGGCAGUAGGCACAUCGCCAUCCAGUUCUAGCUAGCUAGGGGGGAAAUUAAACAACUGGUUCGAAACCAAUCCCUAUAGGCGGCAUAGCCAUCCACAAGGCAAGACAAGAGAUCGUCGUUCGAAAGGCAAUCUAGGUUAUCCGCACCGCAGCAGCCAUGGCCGCCGCCUCUCCACCCCACCAGAACAACCAGCUUCUCCCUGCUCAGGGACUGAAGAUGAUCGUGUACGAGCGCAACGUCGUACGUGAAAUUAGGGUUCUAGACGCGAAGAUCGGUAAACUCGAGCUGCAGCUCAACGACGAGAUGGAGAAGAUCUCCUCCUGCUCGGGCUUGCUGAAGGAGAUCAUAGCCAAGCCACAAGGCUCGACUUGUUCUUGGCUGCGGGCAGAGCUGGACAGGGCCCGCGCCAAACGGGAGAGGGCAUACCACAAGUUCCAGCGCCAGGAGAUGCAGAUCCAGGGGGGCGACGAGGAUGGCGGCGCCCCUAAUCCUCGUGACGCCAGCAACUAGCUACCUUAGAAUUCCAUUGAUUGCCCUUUCGUGUAUGCGAGAGCUAUCACACAUAUCGCUGUUUGUUCUCUUCAUUCCCCAUCGCGUCUUGUUUUAAUUAAUUUUCUCUAGGUGUUGUAUGCUAAAUCGUCGAUCGGAUGCCAUCAGAUCUCAGAAGUUUCCUGCAAUUUUAUACUUGAGUCAUUAUGGUCCCAGCACCUCAAUGCAAGAUUAUCGUUUAAUUUUACUAGGGCAGAUUGUAUUGUAUGCGGCUGACAACUGAUGGUUUCGAUCCAUCGAUCGAGAUUACAGCGCAGAAUAUAGUCGAUCGACAGCUUCGAUGGGCGACGAUCUUGUUUUC